AUGAAGGCAAUUCAGAUCAAGGCGUUCAAUACGCCGUAUUCUUUAUCCGAGGUCCCCAUACCAACCCCGCGUCCUCAUCAACUUCUGGUCAAGAUCAAGGCAGGCGGUUUUUGCCACACGGAUUGCAUGGCCCUCGAGAACGCAUUCAACUCUAAACUGCCCUUCAUUGCUUCACAUGAACCUGCUGGCGUUGUGGUCCAGGUUGGCUCAGAUGUCACUGGGUUUGCAGAGGGAGAUCGCGUUGGUUGCAUCAACUUUGAGAGCUGCUGUGGCGUAUGCCCCGAUUGCAAGGCAGGAACACCCAUCUAUUGUGACAACCCCCUGAUGAAGGGUCUAACCACUGAUGGCGCAUGGGCCGAAUACAUGGUAGCAGACGCUCGGUUUACCGUCAAACUGCCAGACUCAUUGGCAUUCCCCACCGCAGCUUGUCUGAUGUGUGCUGGCAUCAGCAUCUAUGGAGCCAUCAAGCGCGCGCGAGUACCACCCGGGGGAUCAAUCGGCAUCGUCGGAAUUGGUGGACUCGGCCACAUUGGAACCCAGCUUGGCAAGGCAAUGGGCUACCAAGUUGCUGCCAUUGAUGUUAAACAGGACGCCUUGGAUCUAGUUUCAGCAUACGAUUUGAAACCGGAUGUUACCAUCCUUGCGACGCAGCCAGUUGUUGCUUCUGUCGAAAAGAUGACCGCCGUUAUCAAUGGCCUCUACCCCGGCCUCGAUGCAACCAUCCUUGCAACCGAUGCGCCCGCUGCCUUUGACCUUGCCGCCGAGCUAACACGUAAGCACGGGACCAUGGUUCUUCUAGGGCAGCCAGAUAAGGGAAUCACAAUGUCUUAUCGAAACAUCAUCUUCCGCGAUAUUAAGCUGAUAGGGUCGCUUAUUGCUGAUCGGGAUGAAGCUGAGGAACUCGUUUCCUUGGUGGCGAAGCACAAGAUCAAGGUUCACGUUAAGGAGUGGGCACCCGAAGAUGCAGAGGAGAUGAGGCAAGAAUACUUGGCAGGGAAGAGCAGCGGGAAGAAUGUUGUAGUAUUCUGA